AUGGGAGCGGCCAUCCCCGACCUUCCGAUACUGGAAGACGACGACUCGAUGCUGUCCAGGAAGUUUGGGCGCGAGGUGUCAAACUACUUCGCCGGCAGCCCGCUCAACCGCGUGGGCUUCCUGCGGGGCGACCAUGGCUUCCUCCGCUCGGCCUUCUCGCACCCGUCGGCGCGCUUCCUCCUCCUGAACAACCUCGCACCCCUCGUCGACGACACCGAGAAACGGCUCGCCUAUGUGGGAUACUCAGACGUUACCCCAUUCACGGGUCCGGACCCGUUCGAGAAGAGCGAGGAGCAGAUGAUCAAGGAUUUCAACUCGGACGAGUUCAAGCCGCUCAUCCUGCUGCUCGGGCUGGACGAGGCGAACAAGGUCCCGGCGCCGGCGGGAGACCCGGAGUUCAAGUACAAGGAGUACAAGGGCAGGCCGUACUUUGCGGUCGACGUCACGCCCAACGGUGCUGGGGCUGAGGGGGCCAACAAGGUCGUCGACGCUGUCCAGGCGAAGGGAUACAAGUUCUACCAGAACCAGAGGCAUCUGGGGCUGGCAGCCAGCGAAGCGGCCAUCUACGCCAACGCGCGAUCGCUCCUCGACUGGAACGGGCGGAUCCCCUUCUGCGCACAGUGCGGGCACAAGACGCUCUCGAUAAACGCAGGCACGAAGCGGUCCUGCCCGCCGACGGACCUGGCGGGCGGCAAGCUGACGGAGCGGCCGGACUGCGCGUCGCGGCACGGGGUGUCCAACAUCUGCUUCCCGCGGACGGACCCGACGAUCAUCGUGGCGGUGGUGAGCGCGGACGGGCAGCGGCUGCUGCUGGGGCGCAACAAGCGGUUCCCGCCGCACUGGUUCAGCACGCUGGCCGGGUUCCUGGAGCCGGGCGAGUCGAUCGAGGAGGCGGUGCGGCGCGAGGUGUGGGAGGAGAGCGGCGUGCGGCUCAGCCGGGUCGUCAUCCACAGCUCGCAGCCGUGGCCCUUCCCCGCGUCGCUCAUGAUCGGCGCCAUCGCGCAGGCGGCGCCCGGCGACGGCGAGAAGAUCGACCUGGGCCACGACCCGGAGCUCGUCGAUGCGCGGUGGUUCUCGACCGAGGAGGUCAAGGAGGCGCUGCAGGUUGGCGUCUCUGGUAUUGGGGAGCCGGCGCCUGCUGGUUACAAGGAGGGCGGCCUGCGGUUGCCGCCCCACACGGCCAUUGCGAACCGUCUGAUCACGGCUGUGAUAGAUGGGUUUGUCGGCGGUGGUUCCAAGAUCUGA